GGCACUUUUCAGCUCUGCUGAGGCAUCACAGACUGCAGGGAUGCAGAAAACUAUCCCUGCCUGCUUCUUCCAGCAAAUAUAUUCUUCCCUAACUGGCAUUUCAAUGGAGAGAGACCACAUGAAAGAUCUCAGAAGAUACCUGGCACUGAAAUAUAUCCAGUACCUCGUCCUGUCUUCCUCCAACGCUGUCAGCACCCUGCUGGGGCUGCUGGGCAGUGCCUACACCAUGAUCCUGCUGCAGUCUGCCAGGGUCUCCUCCAAGUCCACUGCAGUCCUCAUCUCCAGCCUGGCCCAGGCAGACACCCUGGUUUUGCUCAGCCUGGUUUUGGGGGGUGUUGGUGUCCCGUCCCUGGCGCGGGUGCUGCUCGUGGCCAACGCGCACCUGAGCUGUGUCCUGCUCAGCUGUGUGGCCCUGGAGGCUUAUCUGAUCACCUUCCUGCCCUCAGAGUCACGGCCCCACAGGACAGUCAGCAAUGCCAGGCUGCUCUCCAGGGGGAUCUGGGUGCUGGUGGCUGCAGAGUGUGCCCUGCUCCUCCUGGAUGAGCAGCUGAGGGCCAGCGCUGCCUCUGCCCCCUGCUCUGGAGCUCUGGGGCUCCUGCUCCAGCUCUCCAGCACAGCCACAGCCCUGCUCCAGCCCCUCAGCUACACCCUGGGAAUUCUGCUGAGGAUUGCCAACGUCUACAUCUACUACAAGAUAUUUUUCAGCAUGUCUCCCAGGUCCAGACUCAAAUCCAAGUAGGAUGUGUUCCUUCUGGGAGUGCUGGGGCAGCACAAGACCCCUCAAUGCAAUUCCAGACCACUGUUCAAUGAGCAGGACCAAGGCUCACCAGGGAGUUAAACCUUCCUCAUCCUGGUGCUGUCCAGCUGUUAUUGAAGAGAGUUUGGGGCUGAGGAGCCCCUUGGCAUUGAGACACCACAGCUGGUGUGUGUUUAUUUAGACUUUAUUCACCAUAGAGGUGAAACAAAAGACAUUUCAUGGGUGUAAAGCAACCCCACUGUUUUUUAUAUCAAAAGGGUGCUUAAAGGCUUCCUCAGGGAUCUGUUGAGCCAAGAGUUGUGUAAUUGUUUACUGAAGACAGGAUCUAUCCUAGUCCUAAAAUAUUCCUAACUCAGGUGACCCCCAGGCUGUGCAGGUGGGAUGGAGAGGCAAAGUGGGCACCAAGAUGUCCAAGGUGGGCUCAGGGCAUCAGCCCCUCCUGGAGAGCUCCUGAGACAGAGCUGGGCUGAGAUGCCACACCUUGGAACCUUCCCAGAGCUGCUCUUGGGAGGCUGUCACAGCAAAGCACGAAACAGCUUCUCUCACAUCCUCCUUCAGAAAUAAAGGGGAGGGAAGCUGCAGUGCUGUUUGCUCUGGCCCUGGAGAGAGUUUGAGAACCCCCCUGUGUGGAGGUUCCAUGUACUGCACCCAGAGCGAGCCCAGUGCCUCCAUGGCUGUGGGUUAGAGCAGGGAGGGGUUUGUCUGGAUUAGCAGAGCUGUCCCAGCUCCCCUGGCACUGGUGUGGGAGAUCACAGCCACCAGCGUCCUUCUGACCACACUGGGGCUUGGCUGGAUGUGUGAGAGCUGUUCCCCAGCUGGUGAUUCCUGGGAUUUCCCCCACACUCUGGGAUUUUAUCAGCAAAGCACAAAAUGCUCCAGGUGCCUCUGACACAAUGCACACCUGGCCAUGGGCACUUCCAAAUCCUGCCGACUUCACACAGGAGCUCCAGGUACAGACUGUGGUGAGGAGACACUGAGCUCCUGCCAGACAUCCUGCCAUCCCCAGAUCCUUCUGCCACCCCCAGAUCAUUUUGCCAUCCCAGGUCAUUCUGCCAUCCCCAAAUCCUUGUGCCAUCCCUAGAUCUUUCUGCUAUCCCCAGAUCAUUUUGCUAUUUCCAGAUAAUUCUGCCAUUCCCAGAUGAUUCUGCCAUUCCCAAAUUAUUUUGCCAUCCCCAGAUGAUUCUGCCAUCCCCAAACCCUUGUGCCAUUCCCAGAUCCUUGUGCCAUUCCCAGGUCAUUCUGCCAUUCCCAAAUCCUUGUGCCAUUCCCAGAUCUUUCUGCCAUCCCCAGAUGAUUCUUCCAUCCCCAAAUCCUUGUGCCAUCCCCAAAUCCUUGUGGCAUCCCUAGACCUUUCUGCCAUCCCUAGAUCAUUCUGCCAUCCCCAAAUCCUUGUGCCAUCCCCAAAUCCUUGUGCCAUUCCCAGAUCUUUCUGCCAUCCCUAGAUCAUUCUGCCAUCCCUAGAUCAUUCUGCCAUCCUUAAAUCCUUGUGCCAUCCCCAAAUCCUUGUGCCAUCCCCAGAUCAUUCUGCCAUCCCCAGAUCCUUGUGCCAUCCCCAGAUCCUUGUGCCAUCCCCAGAUCAUUCUGUCAUCCCCAAAUCCUUCUGCCAUCCCCAGAUCCUUGUGCCAUCCCCAGAUCAUUCUGCCAUCCCCAAAUCCUUCUGCCAUCCCCAAAUCCUUGUGCCAUUCCCAGAUCAUUCUGCCAUCCCCAGAUCAUUCUGCCAUCCCCAAAUCCUUGUGCCAUCCCCAGAUCCUUGUGCCAUCCCCAAAUCCUUGUGCCAUCCCCAGACCUUUCUGCCAUCCCCAGCUCGUGGCUGCAGCACCAGCAGCUGAGUGCUGACUUUGCUUCUCAGGGGACUCAAAGGGAAGCUCUGCCAAGGGCUGGGGAUCAGUAAAAGCAGAGCAGAAAUGUAAUCAAGUCAAUUAAACCCUUGGAUGAACAUUCCCAGUCAAAGCUGAUCCUGUCAGCAGGAAGGAUGUCCUAAUAACUCGAUGCACUGUGAUAACUUGUUCUUGCUCCUGAAACCAGAAGUGAGACACUUCCAGGAGAAAUGAAAUGUUAUUUG